AUGGUGGCAGCGCGCGACGCAUGCUGGUGGCUGAGCCCGUGGAAGAAGCUGGACCAAGAGUGGCGGGCUGGCUGCGCGCGUGGACAGCUGCACUUGGCUAAGGUAGCCGACAGCGUGCAGAAGACCUCAUACCUGACUGGGGAGCAUUGGGGGUCGCUGGCCGACUGCGACCAACUUCAGGGACGUGCGUCGUCAAGGUUGUGGGAUUUGGCGCACCGCUGCAGCAAGCGCCUGCAAGAUGAAGUCGACAGUUUGGCAGACAUUUACGCGCGGAUGAGGCGCCUGCUGACGGACGGUCAGGCGGAGGCGCUGGACGAGAAGCGGAGACAGCGAUAUGAGCUGCUUCUGCUGGAGGUGCUGGCCAUGUACGAGCACGAGCUGGUGGCCAAGUCGCUGAUCGCGAGCGACAUCUUCGAGUGCUCCAAGCACGAGACAGUGACGGUCUACCUCGCGUCGUGGCAGAUGCAGCCGCACAUCGACCGACAGCGCCUCGAGGAGCUCGAGACGUUGAUCCAGAAUGACAGCCAUUAUCAGGCGCGGUAA